AUGUGCUACGACCGCUAUGUGUCCAUCUGCAAACCCCUGCACUACGGGACCCUCCUGGGCAGCAGAACUUUUGCCCACAUGGCAGCAGCUGCCUGGGCCAGUGCCUUUCUCAAUGCUCUCAUGCACACAGCCAAUACAUUUUCCCUGCCCCUGUGCCAUGGCAAUGCCCUGGGCCAGUUCUUCUGUGAAAUCCCACAGAUCCUCAAGCUCUCCUGCUCAAAAUCAAACCUCAGGGAAAUUUGGCUUCUUGCUUUCAGUUCCUGUUUAGGAUUUGGUUGUUUUGUGUUCAUUGUUUUCUCCUACGUGCAGAUCCUCAGGGCUGUGCUGAGGAUCCCCUCUGAGCAGGGACGGCACAAAGCCUUUUCCACCUGCCUCCCUCACCUGGCUGUGCUUUCCCUGUUCCUCAGCACUGUCAUAUUUGAUCAUUUGAAGCCCCCCUCCAUCUCCUCCCAAUCCUUGGAUCUGUCCUUGUCAGUUCUGUACUCGGUGGUGCCUCCAGCCCUGAACCCCCUCAUCUACAGCCUGAGGAACCAGGAGCUCAAGGCUGCAGUGUGGAGACUGAUGACUGGAUACUGCCGGGAAUAUUAA